AGUUAUAUUUUCAAUACCCUCACAGCCGCCACUGCUUUUUAUUAUUCACCGGUUGACAGUUGAAGGCGCAUUUGACCAUAAACAUAACCUCCAAAAAUGUCCGAUGAUGAGCACAUGGAUAUUAAAGAAAUUAAAAUAGAAGACGAUGAGGACAUCAAACCGUCAAAAUCCGGCGAAGUUCUGUUCCCGAACGAAACCAAAUUCGCCCACAUUAAAAACAAACAAGUGCGCACUCAACAAUUUCAAAAAACACAACGUGAACUAAAAAAGGCGAAAAAGGAGGCGAAGAAGAAGCGCGAACGGGAAGGCGCCCCCAAAAAGCAGCCGCAUACAAUUGAAAGUCUGAGGGAAAAAGAUGAAACAACAGUAGUUGACAUAGAAGAAGAAGGCAAUGAGUUGGUCAAGGAAGACAUAGAACACGACGAAUUUAGUCAAUAUUAUAAGCACGCGUACGAACCUAAAGUCCUUAUAACUUACACGGAGGAGCCUCUGAAGAAAACCAGAAUAUUUGGCAGGGAGCUGCGCAGGAUUAUUCCCAAUUCGGUGUCGCUGUAUCGUAACAACGCCUCCAUUAAGUCCAUAGUGAAAAGUGCGACGAAAAGGGACUUCACGGACAUCUUGGUAAUUAAUGAAAACAAAAAACAACCAGACGGUUUGUUGCUCAUUCAUUUACCCAAUGGGCCAACUGCACAUUUUAAAAUAAGCAAUCCCAGAAUUACGACAGAACUGAGGAAGAACUACAGGCACAUAACUGCGCACAGGCCGGAGGUGGUUUUGAAUAAUUUUACCACCAGGUUGGGGUUAACUGUUGGUAGGAUGCUGGGUGCUAUUUUCCAUUAUGAUCCUGAGUUUGUGGGACAGAGAGCUGUAACGUUUCACAACCAGAGAGAUUUUAUAUUUUUCAGGCAUUAUAGGUACACAUUUGACAGUGAGGGUAAGAGAGCAAGAUUAAAAGAGUUGGGGCCAAGGUUUACCUUAAAAUUGAGGUCGUUGCAGAAGGGCACAUUUGACAGUAAAUAUGGACAAUAUGAAUGGAUUAUUGAAGGAAGAAGGCAUAAAAUGGAGACAAGCAGGAGGAAAUUCUUUUUGUAAUGUUAAUAAAUAUUUUAUUAUAAGUAUUAAA